AGUGGUAGUCUUGGAUAGACCGGCCAAGGCCUAAUACUUGACGGAGUGGGCUUGCGUUAACAAGACCCGGCUCUUAAGUCGUCGGAAACCCGCAACCGAAUUCUUAUGUUCGCAGAGAGAGAGAGAGAGAGAGAGGGGUUUUGAUUUUUGGUCUACAAUUUCCAUUCGGUGAAACCAAUAUCCGAUCCUUUUCUUUCCCUAACGGUCUGAUUUUAGGGUUUUCUCCCAUCAGCUUCAUCACCCUAAUUCGCCACCAUGACUGAGUAUUGGGUUAGCCAGGGAAACAAAUGGUGUGACUUCUGCAAAAUCUACAUAUCAAACAAUCCUUCUAGCAUUAGAAAUCAUGAGCUUGGUACGCGUCACAAGGAUGCUGUUGCUAAGAAGCUUGCUGAUAUGCGAAAAGACAGAGCUGCUAAGGAGAAGGAAGAAAAGGAAGCAGAACGUGCCCUCUUGCAAAUUGAAGCAAAAGCUAAGCGCAGCUAUCAAAAGGAUAUGACGAACUUUCAGGAGGCUAGAGAUACUCAUGCUCUUGCACUAGAUGUUGGGGAUGAUGGUGAAGAGAAAUGGCAGUAUGACAGCGCUUCUGGUUAUUACUACCAUCAAAAUAAUGGCUUUUGCUAUGAUGCGAACUCCGGUUUCUACUAUUCUGAUUCUAUAGGCAAAUGGGUGACACAGGAAGAGGCAUAUGCAACCCCUCAGUUUUUGUCAAAUUCUGGACAUAAAUCAACAAUGUUGAGGAAGCAAACGCCAACUUCACAGACUGGAUCAGCUUCAGAAAAUAAAGGUGCUGAUAAAGCCAAAAAUGGGCCUCCACCUGGGCCAGUGAUUCCAACUUCUUUAAAUUCUAUGAGAUCUGUUAAAGGUGCUCCCUCUAAAGUUGUCGUUGGCAAAAGAAAGAGGCAAGAGCAGAAGCCAAGGGCUAUGACUGCAGAAGAAGCAGCUGCACUUAAAGCAAGGGAGGCCGCCAGGAAGAGAGUUCAAGACAGAGAGAAACCAUUGCUUGGCCUUUACAGGCCACAAUGAUUUAGCUUCUCCAUCAAGUUUGUAUCUGCAACAUAAAGGAACUUUGUGAAGAAUUUGGAAUGCAAGUAUGUAAUUCAUGCAGCUGCUGGUCCAAAUAUUUGGAUUCUAAUAUGAUGUCUGCAAUUAUAUUCCAAUAGCUAAUGGUUGCUCAGUAGCAUUGCAAAUUUGGUGAGUAACAGUACCCAACGUGUUAUUUGUAUAAUGUUGUGGGCUUGUGGCGAUAUUGAUUAGUAGGUUUUGUCAUGAAAGAUGUUGGUUAGUAGGUUCUUUCAAAAUGAUGGGACUGGGCCUUCUUCGAUCUGCAAGUGCUGGACAAUAGGCUGAAAGUAAUCUCAUAGCUCUAGCUUUUGUUUUACUUUCACUGCUUUUUCCCAUUCUAGUAUGGGGGAUUCAAAUUUAGUUUAUGAUUCAGAAACAAAGAGCACUCUGCUGUUCAAGGUCAUCAUUGCAAAGAAUUUACUAGCUGACAUGAGCAGCUUGCAGGUGUGUAGUUCUUAAGCAUUGCUUGUAUGACAUUUUCCAUUCAGCAAACGUCUGUUAAACUUAAUAA